UUUUUUUUUUUAUAAACUAUGUCACUUGUACAGUGUAUACAAGAUCAAGGUCCUUAUUUCAGGAAACUAAAGAACGAUCUUCAACAUGGAGCUACUGUCCAUACCGAACUGAUAGACACAAGAAAUGACAUCAAACAACUAUCCGAUGCUAUUGAAAAAAAGAAGCAAGAGAUCAGCGCACUGGAACAAAACUCAAAAAAAGAGUUCCAAGAUGUUCGUAAAAUGCGCCAUUUGUCUUUUCGUUCAGCAGCAGCUACUAUUUCUGGCAAAAAGAAAGAAUUGACAGCUAAAGAAGAAGCGAAAUAUCAACUCGCAUUUGAGAAUGAACAGCGAUCAAAACGAGAUAUGGAAGAAUUGCAACUUGCUUAUGACGCUCUAGUGACAAAAGAACAAGAACUGGCUCAUCAAAAGCAACAUUUUGAAGAUGUUCGAUUUCAAUAUGAAUCCUUGUUACAACAGAUUUUUGCACAGGAAGAUGCUCAGUUUCCUCGAGAGCAACAGUUACGUGCUGAAUUAGCCAAUUACAAUGACCAAAGACGCAUGGCAAAAAGAGAUACCAAUCGAUUUAAGACUGCUGAAAAAGCAUUAUCAGAUGCACUAGUCGAUAUCAAAAAAGCCAUUCGCAUUAUAGACACAGUAGUGAAUUAUAUGCCAUUUGAAUUCUUUGGUGGACCCGUAAUUGAUCAAGAACAAAUCACUUAUCUAGAAGCUGCCAAAAGAAAAAUAUGGCAAAUUCAACAACAUUUUAACCUGACUCGUACUGAAUUACCCGAGAUUCCUUAUCCUCAAGCAUUAGAUGUUGUCACAAACAAUACAUUGCUGUCGAUGCAAUUCAAUGCGAGUUAUGUUGAAUUAGCUUGGAAAGCAAAAGCAUCUCAAUGUUUUGGUGUAUUGGCUUCUGGUUAUCGAAAUGCACAGACAUCACUGAAUUGGGUUAAACAAUACAAGGAGUAUGCAACAGGUGCACUCAUUCGAUUAGAAGAAGCCAUUAACCAGAUGAAGAAGACAUUAGAAGAAGAACGCUGUCAAAUUAUUGAACAUGUAUUGGCGGGUGAUCAAAUGCCUGUUACACAUACUUCUUUACCACCACCUCCAGUGUAUGAAGCACCUCCUUCUGAUCCUCAACAUUUGGAUUUGCCUGAAGUACCUGAUAAUAUGCCUGUUGCUUCACCUACUCUGUCACUAAUUGACCAUUCAACCGAGUCUGCUUUGCUUGACUCUUCUCAGCCUAGUCAUAACAGCUCCUAUGUAUCUCAUAAUGUAAAUAAUCCAUUUAAUAAACAAUAAUACAAGGUU